AAACACAGAAAAAAACUCAACCCAUUGUGAAAAGUGCAGACUCCCGGGCAAUGUGUACUCAUCGCAGCGUACAUUAAGAGAGAAAAAGUGAAAGUUUCUUUUGUGCAAGAUCGAGUCGCAUUGAAUUAAACAAAUUGUUCGAAAGAAUCCGAAAAACGGCAGAGAUAUACGGCGAGAAUAAGGAAAAAAAGAAAAAAUAAAAAGCCGGUGGAUUCGUAGAGCGAACGUCGGUGUCUGUUCACUCCGAAAGGCACGCGACGGAGGUGUACCGUUAACGUAUAAUCGAUUAAGGCGUACGUACGUACGUACGUACGUCGUCGUUCUCAACGGAAACGUGACGGCGGUUUAUGCACAGAAUCUGCGUCAGAGUAAAACAGUUAGAUGCAAAUCGAAUCGUUGCCGGGUGUUAAUUGUUCGUUAAUUAUACCGUGCGAGACGGGUCGGUCGGUCAACGUUGCAUUCGAGAAAUUGAAUCGAAUCGGUGUUCGAGGAGAUGGGACGUUCAUCUCUGCGGUAGUAUAGGUAUAUGCGCGAUAUCGAGAUUUGAAAGAGUUGAAAACUCUGUCGGCACAUUUCUAGUACGAUUUAAAAAGAAAGAGAAUCAGUGAAAUCAAACGAAGCCAAAAGUAUACUGACGACGAAUUAUCGCAUUCGCUUUCUAACUGACUCAGUGUCAUCAUACAGCAGUCGAAUGGCUCGGCGGACUUAUAGCCACCUGCUUUUUCCAUUGUUAAUCGAUCGGCCGGUCGGUUGUUUGAGUAUUUUUUAAUUCAGAAUUAGUUCGUGAAAAUUGUUUGAAAAAAUACAAAUAUCAUCGACCGUUGAAUAUCUUUCAUUGAAGCGAACAACUCGGCAACUUUUCGUUCGGCGUUACUCCAUAGCCGCUGCAGUUUAUCGAUUAACGUCACUGACCCACUUCAUUAUUUUCUACGUCAUGUUAUUCCAUUUUCCUUAUACUUUUCCCAUUUUGUGAUUGCGUCGAAACGCUUCGCUAAUGAAAAAUUGAUAAGCGAUAAAUUUAUACCGAAUUAUAACUGGACCACCGGUGCAAGCUAGCUGGAAACGAGAAGUCCGCAAAUCGAAAAGCUCUUCGUAUCCUAAUCGAAUUUCAACAGCCCUUUUCGAAGAGAAUUGUUCUGAGAAUGGAGUGUGUAAAAAGUUCACCGGAUUCGCGACACUUUCGACUAGAAUUGUAUAUUGCUUUUGCAGCGUACUCGUGCAGGUGUAGAAGUGUGUGAUGUGCGAUAAAAAGAAUAUAUCGCGACUCAAAAGAGGAUAAAAAUUAUCUGGAUUGCUGCACGAGUUAGGAGCACUUAAUGGAUUCUGCAUUGCUGUGGAAGUUUCACUGUCUGGGAACACUAUGUGUCAUCCUAACAGCGAUUUGUGGUGCGUAUGCUUCGUACAACAUCGGUGUUGGAAUUGCCGAUACCACGGGGCCCGUCGCCGAGGUUGUUUUUAUGGGAUACGCGAGACCGGAACAAAAAGGCUCAGGUCUUCAUUUGAGGACCUUCUCCCGAGCUUUUAUCAUUGACGAUGGGGUGCAACGCUUCGUUUUCGUCAGCGUUGACAGUGCCAUGAUUGGACACGGCGUGAGAUUGGCGGUCCUGAAAAAAUUAGAAGCACGUUUCGACGACACGUAUACGGAAACAAACGUAAUGAUCAGCGGCACCCACACGCAUUCAGCCCCCGGUGGUUAUAUGAUGGACGUCCUCUUUGAUCUAACAACGUUCGGAUUCGUCAAAGAAUCAUUCAACGCAAUCGUCAAUGGUAUAACGAAGAGUAUUGAAAGAGCUCACGAUGCCGUGGUACCGGGAAGAAUUUUUGUCACCAAGGGUGAACUUAUGGGAGCAAAUAUAAACAGAAGUCCAACGGCUUAUCUCAACAAUCCUGCGGCUGAAAGAGCGAAAUACGAACACAAUGUCGACAAAACAAUGAUACAGCUACAAUUCAUCGCCGCCGAUGACCGGUCCUUGGGUGUCAUUAAUUGGUUUCCCGUUCACCCGACCAGCAUGAAUAACACCAAUAAACUUGUAUCAAGUGACAACGUUGGAUACGCUGCGAUACUGUUUGAAAAGACUAUGAACAAAAAUUCCAUGGUUGGAAAGGGUACCUUCGUGGCCGCUUUCGCAUCGACGAAUCUCGGCGAUGUAUCGCCGAACACCGAAGGACCGAAAUGCGAAUUUACGGGUCAACCCUGCUCGGGAGUGGACACGUGUCCUGGAAAUCAUGAGAUGUGUUUCGCCUCGGGGCCGGGAAAAGACAUGUACGAAAGUACGAGUAUAAUAGCCAAUAAGAUGUUCAAAAAGGCCCUGGAUCUUUGGCACGGGGGAACUGCGACAGAAGUUACCGGUCCCAUUCGCGUGAUUCAUCAGUACGUACGGAUGACCGAGCAGACCGCCCAAUUUUACAACGAGUCUACCAAAAGUUUCGAGGAGGUGACGGGGUGUCUCCCUGCGAUGGGAUACAGCUUCGCAGCCGGUACGACGGACGGACCGGGUUCCUUCUCCUUUCAGCAGGGAACCACCACCUCAAAUCCACUGUGGAAUGCCAUACGCGACUUUUUGGCCAGCCCGAGUGAGGAGGACGUUCGUUGUCACGGGGCUAAGCCGAUUCUACUGGCAACGGGGAGGAUGGUAUUCCCCUAUUCAUGGCAACCCCAAAUCGUUUCGACCCACGUGGCUCUCCUUGGGGACGUAAUAAUCGCCGGUGUGCCCGGAGAAUUCACUACAAUGGCGGGUCGGAGACUGAGAGAUUCCAUAAAAAGUGCAACGCUACAGAGGGAAACUAGAGAGGAACCGGUCGUCGUUAUAGCCGGCUUGUGCAACACGUACAGCGACUACAUCACCACUCCCGAAGAGUAUCAGAUCCAGAGGUACGAGGGAGCCUCCACCAUAUACGGACCUCACACUCUGACCAUAUAUCUGAAACAUUACAAAGAUUUAGUUUCCUCGAUUCUCGCGGGAAAAUCACUCUUGCCCGGACCGCUGCCACCGGACUUGUUCUUGAGUAAUCUGAUCUCUCUGGUGACCCCCGUAUUGUUCGACACGCCCAAAUGGAGGCACGAGUUCGGCGAUUGUCUUCAACAUCCCGUGAAGGUCGCCGGACCGGGAGACACGGUUACAGCGAGAUUCGUCGCUGGCCAUCCGCGGAACAAUCCAAUGGCCGGAGGGUCUUUUCUGUUCGUUGAGAGGCUGGGAAACGACGAAACUUGGAUCACAGUUGCAACCGACGCGGACUGGGAGACAAAAUUCGUUUGGAAACGUACCUCAAUAGUUUUAGGAUCCAGUCAAGCUAUUAUUUCAUGGACUAUUCCAGACGAUGUUGAACCAGGCGAGUAUCGCCUAAGACACAAUGGGCAUUACAGAUAUAUUUUAGGAGGAAUUUAUCCCUACCAAGGUGUCAGCAAACACUUCGAGGUGGUUGCCUUCGGUUCGAGUAGGCGUAAGCGUUACUAUUUCGCCUAAGACUUUCCAUUGAGAGGAGGAAUACUUCUGAAGAUAUUCGAAGAUGCUUGCCAAGUGAUUAUAGAUACGGAACCAUACGUAUGAAAUAUUAUAUAUUUAAUAGCUAUGUAUAUGUAUAUAGUUUUCGGAUAAGAUCUAUUUUAUACAUAACUGUACGCGAAUGUACUGUAAUUCUAAUCGUCGUAAUCAACUCGUCUGCGAUCCUAUGUACGUUAUGUGAAAUUAUCGAUACGUUGUUAGUCAUUUAGAUUUUCGAUAACGCGCAUAGAUCAAAAUAAAUAUGUCCUAGCUA